AGCCCCCAUUUAUCUCCCACGCAAGUUUAGGCGAGGAAUUUUCCCCUCUCCGUUGGGAGUUGACGGACCUCUCCACCAAUUACUGAAGCCGUCGGUUCUGACCACCGACCGGAUCCGAGCUCAAUCCCGGAUUUGUCCAAGUCAAGGCAUCCGCAAGUUUCUUAUAAAGCCAGCCACCGAAGCUUCACCAAAUCUAAACCAUCCCCGAUAAUAAAACCAUCACUUCUUCCCUUCUCUCAACUAAUUCAAUACAAACAGAGGCAAUUACCAUGGGCAAUGGGCUCUCCCCUUGCUUCUGCUCAUCGUCCAAUAAUAGCCUGGUGAAGCUCGUCUUUUGGGGUGGCGCCACCAAGUUCCUCACCGAGAAGCAGCUCGCCGGCGAGCUUAUGUUCCAGUUCCCCGACUGCGUCGUUUGCCAUGCCGACUCCUUCUACAUCGGGCAGCCAGUACCAGUCUUGUCCAUCGGCGACGAGCUGCAUGCAGGCGAGACUUACUUCGUCAUCCCGGUCGACCGCUUCCCAUGCAACCAAAUCCUCACACCUGUAACCCUAGCAUCGUUUUCCCCCGGCCCGACGAAGCCGUCACUUGCCAGCUUUGGUCAGUGCCCGUUCGAGUACGUGAAGGCCGCCGACGGGAGGACGGUCAUAAAGGUUCAGCCGAAGUUUAUAGCCAAGGUCAUCACCGCCGAGGAGGGGGGACAAAAGUAUGGUAGAGAUGGUGGAACUCUGUGCAGCACGCCGGAGCUAAAGAAGCACUAUGCGCAGCUCGUAGGGUCGAGAGACCGUCCUUGGUCUCCGAAGCUCGAAACAAUCUCCGAGAGCAAGAGUAGGUUAUCCCAAGUGAGAUUGUCACCAGUGAGAUUGUUUGGUUUGGAAAAGAGAUCGGGGUAGAAAUUGCUUCCUUCUCUUCGAGAAAAGUUCGGUGAUGGAUGUUAUGAACUCACUUUUAUAAGAGGAAAACAAGAUGUAGCACUGAUGAAUGUGUAGAUCUGCACUGUGGAUGUAAUUGUAUAGAUUUUUAUCACUAACCAUGAAUCAUGAUUUGCCCUUUUUUACUUUGCUAA